UGAGACAGGUACCGCCGGUCGGGUAAUUAAACCUGUUAAAAUAGCGGCGGUGGGAGAAAAAUAAUACACUCAUCGAUCAUCACUACAAGCCGGUCGCUUGUUUGUUUUGGUUUUCCGGAAAACGUCGGGUACUGUACUCCGGUACCUAUACCGGUCACGUGCCGCUACUGUACAAAACGACGCUGAAUUUUGAAACGGCCGUCAGUCGAGCGCUGAAACUUCGGAAGCAAACGAAAACAAAAACAUUCGAAAAAGUUUUACCAAUCGGUCGGUCCAAUUUUUUUUUGUUUUGCUUGUGGUUCGUUUCGGCAAACAACAUGGUUUUUGACAAGGAGCACAGACAAAUAAUUGCGGGCGAAGUUUAUAAAACUCAUUCCGACGACCGCCUAGAAAAUGAAGAGGCAAAAAAGUCCUUCGCCUAUACGAACCCGUCGUUUUCCCUGUCGACCGACUCUUUAAAAGGAACAGCUAGCUCCGAAUUCCAAGGCAGCAGUGACUUUAUUUUAAUCAACGAGACGAAGAAACCGCGCACCUUUGGCGAUAAAGUUAAAGCAAUACUGCCGGACAUAAAGCAAAAGAUGGCGAAAAAAUGUACGCGAAAAACGAUAUACAAACGCUUUCCCAUUCUAAACUGGCUGCCGCAAUACGAUCGCCACUGCGCGGUGGGUGACUUAAUAGCAGGAAUAUCGGUCGGUCUGACCGUAAUCCCCCAAGGCCUGGCCUAUUCUAGUAUAGCAGGCUUGCCAACCCAAUACGGAUUGUACGCUUCGUUUCUGGGAUGCUUCGUCUAUAUUGUAUUCGGAAGCUGCAAAGACGUACCGGUAGGGCCCACAGCCAUAUCGGCCCUUUUGACAUUUCAAGCAACGAGCGGCAAGGGGGCUGAAUACGCCAUUUUGCUAUGUUUUUUAACCGGGUUGGUGCAGCUCGUCAUGGGAUUUUUUGGUUUAGGAUUCUUGUUGGACUUUGUCUCCGGUCCGGUGUCUUCCGGAUUUACAUCUGCGGUUGCCCUGAUCAUAUUAUCAUCGCAAAUGAAAGAUCUGUUGGGUAUAAACGUCUCAGGCUCGGUAUUCACGGAUAUAUGGAGAAAUAUUUUUAAGGACAUCCAUAACAUCAGUCCCUGGGACACUACCCUUGGGGUCGCCUGUAUCGUGGUACUGCUUAUCAUGCGGGUUAUCGGUAAAAUAAAAGUCGGCCAGACUAAGGAAAUGGAAGCGAAAUGUCCGAAAGUGCAACAAUUCAUCAACAAAUUCCUUUGGGUGUUUUCUACAGCCAGAAACGCCAUUAUCGUUAUCGUUUCCGGUUUUAUAAGCUAUUCUUUCAGCUUAAACGGUGAAACCCCAUUCAAAUUAAUAGGUUACGUACCCCCUGGCCUACCCAAAGUCAGAGUACCCCCUUUCGGUGUAACGCAAGUGGUUAACGCGACUGAGGUUUCCGUGUCGUUUAUUGACAUGGCCACUGAACUGGGAACGGGAGUCUUCGUCUUAGCUUUGAUUGGACUCUUGGAAACCAUCUCGAUAUGCAAGGCUUUCUCUGAUGGCAAACCUGUGGACGCUACUCAAGAACUGAUAGCGAUCGGAUUAUCCAACGUGGCGAAUUCGUUCGUUCAAGCGUUCCCGGGGGCCGGGGCAUUGGCGAGGAGUGCCGUAAACAAUGCCAGUGGCGUGCGAACUCCCCUGGGCGGCCUCUACACCGGAUUGAUCGUUAUAUUAUCUCUCCUGUUUUUCACACCAUACUUUUACUACAUUCCCAAGAGCGCUUUGGCUGCCAUCAUCAUAGCGGCCGUUAUUUUUAUGGUGGAAGUGAAGGUCGUGAAGCCCAUGUGGAGAUCGAAAAAGAGCGAUUUGCUACUGGGCCUUGUCACUUUUAUCGCGUGCCUGGUUUUGCCUUUAGAAAUUGGAAUUUUGGUUGGGAUAGGUCUAAACCUGCUUUUCAUACUUUACCACGCCGCCAGACCAAAAAUCUCAAUCGACAAGCUCACCACACACGAGGGUACCGAAUACCUCAUGCUGACUCCCGAUCGAUGCCUAAUUUUCCCAUCAACAGAUUACGUAAGAAACCUGGUGACCAAGCAUUCUAUUCGUCAGGGAAUCCCCGUAGUGAUAGACUGUUCUCAUAUCUACGGUGCAGAUUACACGGCAGCGAAAGUGGUGGAGACAUUGACUACGGACUUUGCUGCUCGAAAACAACCGCUCUUUUUCUACAAUCUGAAGCCAUCGGUCAGCGCGGUAUUUGAAGGGGUAUCGCCCAAGGACUUCAAAGUGUUCUACAGUACGCAGCAAAUCGAAGAGUUGCUGAAAACCGACUCUACGAACCCAGGUACGGAUUCUAAAACGGCGGACAUCGUAUGAUCUCUUGAAAAAUAUUAGUGCUGAGAUCAGAGCCUCUAUAUAUACAUAGUUCCUAAAGCCACCGAGUGUAUAGAAGAUACCGUUCAACAUUCUAUCUCAAAAAAUGUUUAGUGAAAUUCGUCUAUUGAGUUUGUUAUAAGCGACGAUGAUCAAAGGAAAAAAAAAGAUGUCUUGCCAUCAAGUACCUAGCGAUGAUGACCUUAGUGUUUAGAUUAUUUUUUUAUUUAUUUAUAUAAGUUUUAUGUACCUAAUUGUAUAUUGUAAAUAUUUCUCUAUAAAGUUUGUAACGUAAUAUGAACACUGUGAUACUAAUAAAACCCAAAUUUUAUCGUU